UCAUUCACUAUUCGACUCCUCUGUCUUCAUAGACAACACUUGCCUUAUCUAGAGCUGCCUACCUUAAGAGAAUCUAUAUCAGAUAUUCUGACACUUUGAUCUCACUUUUCAGGGGUCUUGCGUUAGAGAAUCAAGUAUUUUUACAAUGGAGUCCUGGCCGAAUGAUGCAGGGUUUGACACGGACUAUGAGGAGCACAAUCCUGUCGAGCUCACUGUUAAGGGAAAGAUUCCGCAUUACGUUGCGGGCGUCCUCUAUAGAACCGGGCCUCUAGGUUUCAAAGCGCAGACAAACCAGAACAACACCUGGGCAGCUAACCAUUGGUUCGACGGCUUCUCAUGCGUCCAUCGCUUCGAAAUCAUAUUUCCCGAUAAUUCCGAUACGCCAAUGGUGUGUUACAACUCUCGACGCACAGUCGACGAAUUGUUAGAAGUUGUGCGUAAGACUGGCAAACUAGAUGGGGUCACAUUUGGAAAGAAGCGUGAUCUCUGUGAGGGCUUCUUCCACAAAGUCAUGAGCAUGUUCAAACCAGCGACAAGCCCUCAAAAUGUCGGGGUCACGAUCUCGAUCAACGUGCCAAGCAGGCAGAAGGGUACCCAGCCAACAAUGGCCAUCAAUGGACACUCCAACGUGAUCGAGACACUGCAUCUCAAAACAGAUGCAUCGAUUAUGAACAAGAUCGACCCCGAAACCUUAGAACCGAAGGGUGUCUGUCGCCAAAGCAUUCUCCAUCCCAGCUUGACUGGCCAACUCUCGGCAGCACACGCGGAAACUGAUCCAGCCACAGGCGAUUUCUUCAAUUACAAUCUAGACUUGGGUCGCAAAGCCACAUAUCGUGUCUUUCGCACUUCGUCCUCGACUGGGAAAACUGAGGUCCUUGCUACAUUCACGGCGAAACCGGCCUACGUGCACUCGUUCUUCCUUACGGAGCACUAUGUUGUACUCUGUAUUUGGAAUAGCCACAUCAGCUGGAGCGGGCUAUCAAUUCUAUACCACAAAAACAUUCUCGAUGCCAUCGCACCGUUCGAUAAGUCCUCAAAAGCAAAAUGGUACGUCGUCGACCGUGCAGGACGGGGUCUUGUCGCGAUCUAUGAAUCGGACCCAUUCUUCUGUUUCCACACCAUAAACGCGUGGGAGCAACCGUCAGCCAAUGACGCCAAGAAAACAGACAUAAUCUGUGAGCUGUCUUUAUACGAGAAUCUCGACGUUGUACACCGGUUUUACUACGACAAUCUUAUGAGUACGCACGAAUCCUCCAAAGCCUACGCUGGUCAGAAGCGUCGCUCGUGCCUAGCUCGCCACGCACAGUUCCGUCUCCCAGUUGUCGAAUCAGGCAACAUAUCCUCGAAGCCUCGUCCUGCUGACGUCCUCUUCAAGUCCGACCCCAUGGUCGCGCAGGAACUACCAACUAUCAAUCCAUCUUACGCCACGCGAAAGCACCGGUACACGUACGGUACAGCUGACCGCCUGAAGUCGACCUUCGUGGACGGUAUCGUCAAAUUUGACAACGUGACGCAAACGGCGAUCUUCUGGGAUACAGAGGCGCACACACCUGGUGAACCAAUCUUUGUGGCCGAUCCAGAAGGAAUAGAAGAGGAUGAUGGUGUCUUGCUGAGUGUAGUGCUCGAUGGAGUGGAAGAAAGGAGCUAUUUGUUGGUGCUGCGAGCAAAAGACCUGAUAGAGCUAGGCAGAGCGGAGAUGAGGGGCCCGAUGGCCUUCGGGUUUCACGGGGCAUACAAGGCACUUCGCAAAGACUAGAGCUGGUUUUCGGAAUGACUUUGAGUCU